AACUACUACUUUCAAAAAAGAAAAACACCCUCUUUUUGGCUGUUCGCCGCCCACACCUCCUGGCCAAGCCGCAGAGGAGGAUGAGAGAGUAUAAAGUGGUGGUGUUGGGAAGCGGCGGCGUGGGCAAAUCCGCCCUCACCGUGCAGUUCGUGACCGGGACUUUCAUCGAGAAGUACGACCCCACCAUUGAGGAUUUUUACCGAAAGGAGAUCGAGGUCGAUUCGUCCCCCUCCGUGCUGGAGAUCCUGGACACGGCGGGCACUGAGCAGUUCGCCUCCAUGAGAGAUCUGUACAUCAAGAACGGGCAGGGGUUCAUCCUGGUCUACAGCCUGGUCAACCAGCAGUCCUUCCAGGACAUCAAGCCCAUGAGGGACCAGAUCAUCCGCGUCAAGCGAUACGAGAAGGUGCCGGUCAUCCUGGUGGGAAACAAGGUGGAUCUGGAGAGCGAGCGGGAGGUUUCGUCUGUGGAAGGUAGGGCUCUCGCCGAGGAGUGGGGCUGCCCUUUUAUGGAGACCUCGGCCAAGAGCAAGACCAUGGUGGAUGAGCUGUUUGCCGAGAUUGUCAGGCAGAUGAACUAUGCAGCUCAACCCGAUAAGGAUGAUCAGUGCUGCUCUUCCUGUGUUAUACAGUAAAAAAAAACUGAAGGUAACUUUUUUGGGGGAAAAAGAGACUAAAUUCAGUCAGUCAUAUUUGGGGAGAACUGUCUAUUAACACAGCUCAACCUCGCAGAAAAGAGCUUGUUAUAUUUCAUGUUGCUGUUACAAACGGGAGGAAAUCAACAAAGGAGCUGAACAACUAAAACAGAUUGGGAUCAGUGCUGUUCUUCCUGUGUUGUGUAACCAAGACUGUAGAAAUAAAAUCUUAAAACCUAAUGUUUGAUUAUAUAAGGGAGGAUACCCCCUCUUAGCAGACAUCUGGCUGCCUUCUUCAUAUCCAAUGAGGAUCAAUUGCAGAGAGUUUAAAUGCUGUGAUGAUAUUGUAAGGGGGGAAAAAACCCAACAGCAAAUUGUACAGAAAUUGACAAAAGAAUGUCAGUUCAUGUUUCCUGCAAUGAAAGAUGAAGCCAGCUUAAAUCUUUUAGGUAUUUAUUGUACCUGCAGUAUACAUGGGAUAGCAACCUCUCCUGCUAGACAACACAUUGCAACAGAAGGGGUCAGUGCUGUUCUUCAGAGACAAAGGUUGGGGGGUGGGGGUGAACACUGGAUCUUUAAACUCCCUACUGCAUACUAUACACGGGGAGGAUAGCAACAGCAAUUGCAGUUCUCCAGGAAUUCAUCAGUAAGCAAAUCAAAGUUGCAGUACGGUUUGGUGGACACUUAUGAUCAUUGUUGUCCUUUCACGUAUUGUACAGGAGAGAGAAUUGGUGAAGGAUAGCAUCAACUGAUUGCAGCAAACUGAAAACCUGCUUACUGCUGGUCUCCAUGUGUCAUACAGGAAGGAGGACGUUUCCAUUUUAAUUCAUCGUUUUAUUUUCUUAUAUUAAGGCAGUACCUUAAUGGCCACACAACUUGACAGUGCAGUCCAUUACAGUUAAUCUUGCUGUGCAGCCAGAAGGAAAAUGAGCAGAGGACAAUUAUUUGGCUAAGUUUCUGUUUUACAGUGGAGAAGAACAUUUACCUGCCAGACCACAGUUCAUUCAAGCAAAGAUCAGUGCUGUUCAAACUGUUGUAUUGCAAAGGAAAACACCUUUUGCAAAGUUAUUAGAUUUGGCUUCUCCUCAGAUGCGUCAGAGAAGAUGAUUGUUUUAUUCGCCCUAGUUUGUAAGAAACAGUGGCAAUGCCACUUCCCCCAGCAUUCUAAUGUACUUCAUGAGGGCAAGCAAUAGAUACCAAGGAUGAUGCGCCUUUCUGUUCUAUAUUGAAAAUGCAGAGGAUGAUUCAUGAAUGGGCAGCAGAGAGAGAGAAGAGAAAAGUCAACAAUUUUCCUGCUGUGUGAUACAAUAAACAGGAAGAAACAUGUUAUUGCUGGAGGUGGAAAUUGAGAAUCCUUCAGUAAUCCAAGUGUAACAUCAGUUGUAUUCCUGCCUCAAUGAGAUUGACAGCGAUUGAUGAAUGCUUGCUGUCAUUUUAUAAAAGAAACAAAAUACUGUACCACCAUCAGUUUUAAGAAGAAAGUUGAUGGCUGCCCAGUAUUGAGGAGAUAAAAGAAAUCGCCUGAUAAACGUUCGAGGGAAAUUGCUCCAACUUGACAUCUGCACUUCACUCUGCUUCUUUAUGGGAGCAGAGGAGAAAAAGCCUUGUUCAGUUUCUAAUCAUAUAGGUGAGGACAAGGAAAUUGGCAAAAUUGCCUCUGUGAGGUUGAGAAAAAUCUUCAAUCAAGUUCAUAGAGAUUCCGCAAAAAGUUGAAUGUCCUCAUAGAUUUGUAUUCUGGAAGGGAAAAGUUAUCCCACAAGUAUUUCAGUCUGAUAACUAAUGUGCAUUAUUGUGGUACUUGAUACAGCUUAAGGAAAUUGAAUGCCAUAAAAUCACUUGUAUUGUGUUGGAAAUGUCAUAAAAUCUUACAAUAUUCAAAAAAUCACUGAAAAUUAAAUCUGGACAAAUGCGGUUGAGAUUCUCAUAUUGCACGGUAAGGAAAAUAUUAAUGUAUCAGUUUAUUCUACAGAAACAGGAACCCUCUGAAUUCACCCAUUGUACAUGCCAGAAGAUCUGUAUCCUGCUUUUGUGAUGCAGAAGUGGCAGAAAAAUUACAUAUAUUUUGUUUUAUGAAAGGUGCUCAAAUACUUUAAAUAUUGUGAGUUAUUUUUUUGAUUUUGUAUCUUUAAACUAAGAAUAUAAUGUAUGCAUGGCUGAAUACCAGAUCAUUACUGAAGUCUUACAUUGAAACAUUCUCUAGUGCAAAGUCCGGGGGGUUAUCUCUAGUGGAAAAAUAAGUUUGGGGUUAUCAAUGAAAGUAGUAAAAUGUUUGUCACUACAGUCUUAUCAUUUUGCUUGUUUUCAAAUCAGCGAUGGUUCUGUUCCAGGAUUUUAUUUAUUUUGUAAGUUAAUUACCAUUACCAUUGUAUAGAAUCAAGCAGUGGGAAUUGUGUAAAGUUGCUUCAAACCCUCUUUACAAGGAGGAGUUGUUCCUGGAACCUUAUCAGAUCAUAAAAGUUGUUACACUUGGAGCGGAGCAGACAAACCUCAUGAACAGAAUUCCAAUGCAUCUGGAUUCUGCUUCUAAUGACAAGAUUCCCUACGGGACUAAAUUGCAGGUCAGGAUUAAGCAUGAGUGGAAACCCAAACAAGAAGCUGGAUGUCGUUGAUGCAUAAAAACAACUUGGUUCUCAGUUUGAAGUUUUCUCAUUCUCCAGAGCUAUUCAGUGGCUUUCUAUAGGUGACUUCCUGCACAUAGCUUUUCACAUCUUCGAAGGCUGAUGUAUGUGGUUUGGUCGUGUGACUUGUUGCAGGAGAAGAAAAGUUGGAAGUUACAAGUGGGAAAUAAGCCACAGAGUGCAUGGGUGAAAGAUGCUUAAAAUAGCAAUAGUUUUAUUUUCCAUUCCCAGAACAAUAAACUGAAGAAAAAAUGCAGUGAAUGAUUUGUUUUGUGCAGUGUUACAACCUGGAUGGUGGGAGCCUUAGCUUGGCUCAUAAUGUGCAGACAUUUUUAAUCAUUCAAAGAUGUACUUGACCGCCUGGGUAUAUAUUGGCUUAUGUUUACAUUUCCAAACAGUGUCUUGCGUUACUUUUUUAAAAAAAUAUUUACCUAAAUAUUCAUAUGUAUUCACAGCAGCAUUUAGUUCCCUUUUUUAUAAUGCUUGAGCACCGAACUGUACUUUAAGUGUGUUGGGCAACAUUCUUUACAGACUAACUGGAUGCUAAAUCUAUCUGGUUAGAGACUGAGAAAAUUAAAGGUUUUAUUGUUCAGAAUUAUUUUUGUGAUUUUUUUUUAAAUUCUUAUCUUCAGCCUCUGGCAAUGCAAGUGAUCUAGCAAAGUGCAGUACUGUAAUAAUGGGAGAUGGUUAAAGUCCAUUUGAAUACUGUGCAUAUUAGCCAACUUGUGUAUAAUGUAGUUCAGGACAAUAGUUGUACAAAGGUCUAUCUUAUUCCUGUCGUGAAUAUAGCCAGAAUUUUAAUAGCUUUUCUCUGAUCAUUACAUUUAUAUCCUUGAAAUGUUUGAUGUUGGAAUUCUGAAGAAACAGUUCAAUUGUUGUAACAAAAUCGUAAGAGUCCUCUGACGUAGGUAAAAAUGCUUAGUACCAAAUGGUCACCAGUUUGAAUCGUGUUUUGCUGAUUUGGCUGAUAUCAGCCAUCGCAGUAAUACAAGAUGAAAGGAGCGAAAAGCUGGCCAGGAUUCCUGCCACUGAUUAUAAUCUGGUUCCUUACCCCCUCCUGCUUCUGAAAAAUGUAGGGUGUGAAUAGAAUUUGGCUUGGCCUCGACACCAUACACAUUUAAAGUCUGCUGAUGUUAUGUUACUUGAGUUAUACAUACACAAUAGCCAUAUGGUGUGGUAUGCAAUCAUGGCUAGCAAGAUUUAAGUUCUGGAAAGGAGGAGAGGCAAAGAAUGAAAAACUCCAGCAAGAUUCUAAGACCGUAAACCAAUUAAGUGCGACCCUCUGGGGGGGGGGGGGGCGAAGAGAAUUGUCUACCAUAUUAAAACUGGCUCUUUUUAAAAUGCCCUUCAAAUUGAAUUUUUUUUCCUGUUUCAACAUCAGACCUCACACAGGAAAUUUUCCUUCUAAUGAUUUGUUAGAUGCUUUAUAUCUUGUUCAAAGAAAAUGUUUGCCUUAUUCAAAUGACGGUGCACAAGUAAAACUGUUAAGAUCUGCAUUGAGUUUCUUCUCAUUUCAUUGUUCUCCAGCAACUCUUAAAUGAACCAACUGUGAAUGUAUGCAUCAGUUUUACUGAUGAUGUGUAGGGUAAGACAUUAAAUACUUAGGCCAAAACUAUUUCUAAAUUUGAUUUAGUGCUGCCUAUGAUUCAACUUGAUUCUAAGUCAGCAAAGGCUAUUAAAAGUCUGUUUUUUAAUGCAGUGUUUUGUGUUGUAUUGUCAUAAAACAAGAAGCCUGUUAAUUAAUUCCUAUGGUAUUAAACUGUUUAAUUUAUUAAUUGCUUCCUUUAACAUCAGCAUAAUUCUACAUGAGCAGAAGUAGACUGGUUGGCACAAUGGGCACUUUCUGAAAAAUCUAUUUAUCUGAAUUUAAUUCAGAUAAAUUGAUCUAAUAAAAGGAUCAUUCUUUUCCAUAUGCUGAGAUGUUUGAUGUCAUUGUCUACUUUCAUAGAAUUCUGACUAACCUUUUCUGCACUGGUGAUGCAGUGUAAAUUGUAUUAAACAUUAAUUUUAUUUAAAUAGUGUCGAGCAAAAUCUUUUUUAAAAGAAAAGCUAGUGAACUGACUGUUCAUUGAUUACCCUGGGCUUUCGUCUUUUGGACAUGGGUUCAGAUUCAGCCCAAAAUGUACACUGGUCUACUGUGCAAAACAGCCCUUAAUUUGUAAUCUCAUUUAGAGGAAAGUGAAGAGAUGUAACAUGUCACAGGUGCAAUAAAAGGUGUUCGUCUGAGGUUGAGGCUGAGCCGCAUUGAUCAAGAACUUCACUCUACAUGUACCUGACAUGAGAAUGAUUGAUGUUGACAGUGGUUUCCCAAAAUGGGAAAGUAUUUUAUUUCUUAACACUAACAUCUUGAGCAUAGAAAUUCACUCAAAUGUCUAGAACCAUAGAAAGGUAUGAUGCUGGAGGGUGCCAUUCCCUUUUCUUUCACACUAACCUCUUAAUAUCCUUCCACUCCAUGUGCUUCAGCAAUUCUUUUAAAUGUCCCCAAUUGCCAGCCUUCCCUGGCAAACUGUUCUGUACCCUGGCACUUUCUGGGAAAAUAAGUUCUUCCAAACCUCUCCUUUUACUCCCCUAGUGAUAAUCACAAAUUCAUGCUCUCUUGUCUUUAAAUUACCGACCAAAGGUAAGGGUUUUUCAUGAUUGAUCGUUUCAAAUUCUGUUUCACGUUAAACAGUUCCAUCAUAUCACCCUCAAUCUUGGCUCUAAUGGAAAGCGUCUUAACUUCUCUAGCUUCUUUUCAUUAGCUAUAUGCCACUCUCUAUAAAUCUAAUUAUUAUCCUUUCUAUAAUAUGGCACUCAAAACCUGACAUGAUUUACCAGCCUCAAACUAGCCAAUGUCUUGUACAGAUUCAUAAACUGUUUUGUGGAUCUGCAUGGAAAACUUAUAAAAUCUUAUUUGCCUUUUUAAAUAUUUUCUCUCCUAGUGUGUCAGCCUAUCGCAGCGGUAGCAUUUUUGCAUCCGAAUCAGAAGAUUGUGAGUUCAAGCCCACGUCGGGACUUGAAAUAUAACUUACUCCAAUGCAGUUCUAGGGGUUUAUGUCACUUAUUUGGAGCUGCAAUCCUUCAGAUGAGAUGCAGAUUGAGGUCGUGUCUGCUGGUUCAGGUGCAUGUUGAAGAUGCCAUGGCACUAUUU